AUGGCUUGUUUCUCAUCGGGAUUUGGAUUAUUGAUAUGGAACCCCUCCACGGGAGAAUCAAUACUACUUCCCCACUCUGAAAAUUUUAUUUGUGAUGAAUAUCAGGAGGAAUCUGCUUAUGGAUUGGGAUAUGACUCUACUACUGAUGACUAUAAAGUUAUUAGGAUUGACAUGUCUGGGGAUGAAAACGCUAAUGAAAUUCUGGCACUAAAAAGUGGUUCCUGGAGAAAAAUUGAUCAAUCCUCGGGUAGGACAGAUAGCUCUUUGCUGUCUAUUAGGGAACGUUUGACAUCUCUACAUGGAGCAUUUAAUUGGCUUGGUAUCUUAUCAAGGCUUUCCGUGGUUACGUUUAAUAUUUCAGAUGAAAUGUAUGGAGAGAUAGCAUUGCCAGAGACGAUGUGCUUGCUCCCUUUAUAUAAAAUCAAGGUUGAUUUUGAUGUGGGCGUAUCAGUGUUGAGAGGAAAGCUUUGUGUUUAUUACACGGACGAGAGAAUUUUUAAUUUAUGGGUGAUGAAAGACUAUGGUGUUAAAGAAUCUUGGACAAAAUUCUUCGUUGUGCCAAAUAAUGGAAUUAAGCGUAUCAUACCAAUAUACAUGUUUUCAGAUGGUGAAGUACUACUCGGCUAUGAAGAUUGGAGAACACUAACAAAAAUUGAAUAUAGGAUAAUAUCCGGUGGAUCAGUUGGAUUAAGCAAUCGAAUGUGGCCUCUAGAUUGUGAUGAUACUGAUGCAGUUACCAUUGAUAACGAUGGUAUUGAUCAAUUUGUCUAUACGGAAAGUCUGAUCUCUCCGAAAUUGGGGCAUUAG